AUGGCUAAACUCACUUUAGUUCUCAUGAUAUCGUUUAGUGUCCUCCUCUUCACCGGUGUCCUUGAUGCAACCAAGACUACUAACCUUCCACCUCAAACCAAGGGUCUGUACCGGUCAAGACCUUCUCCAUGGAGUUCGGAAAAUACACGUCAAGCUCCUCCAGCAGAAACCACCAAGGGUCUGGACCGGUCUGGACCUUCUCCAGGGAGCUCGGAUAAUCCACCUGGAGCUCCACCAGUAGCACGAACCACUAACCGUUUGCUUUUGUCUGUUGCAAAGCCACCAAGACCUGCACCUAUAACCAAGACUUUGUUCUGA